AUUUUAUUCAGAAGGGGUGUGGCACUAAUUAUAACAGACAUAGCUAGCGGCGGAUACACGCUUCACACACAAUGGCUGCACCAACAGACGACGAGAGGAUCGUUCUUAUUGCUCAGGAUGGAAGUGAAUACUCUGACUUUGCAUUCGAAUGGUACAUGGACAACAUCCACAAGAAGACCGAUAAGGUUACGUUGCUACACGUAGCCGAAUAUCAUAACGUAGUUAUAGCGUCACCAAUGAUGGUGGUGGACGCCUCGUUGAUAAACGACAUGUUGCAGGAGGAACAGACACGGAUAAGUGAGCUGCAGGACAAAUUGGGUGCUAAAUUGAAGGCCCACGGUAUUGGUGGUAAAGUUAAAACUAUGAGUGGAAAACCUGGGGAAGUGAUUUGCAAGGUAGCCAAAGAUGAGGGUGUGACACUUAUUGUCACAGGAACGAGAGGGUUGGGCACGGUAAGGAGGACGUUUGUUGGCAGCGUCAGUGAUUACAUCAUUCAUCACGCGCAUGUUCCCGUUAUAGUAGCCCGGCACAAAGACCACCAUCACCACCACCAUGGACACCACAACCACUAAAACGUACGGAAUAGUGUAGCAUACGUUUAUAUGCCUAGCAAAGUGCUGGCCCCAUUUCAUAUAUAUUCUGUUGUAAAUGUUAUAUCAAACUUAACUAGAGGUGCCAGCAUAUUUGUGAGAAAUCGUAUGGUAACGUUUCAAAACCAUUGCCGUAAUUCUUGUCUUGAGAAAUAGGGAAACAGAAUCGGUAAAAUUAAAUUGGAUUCGCUCUUGGAAGUUCAGGUUGUCUAAAGAUACGAAAUUGACAGAUGCAAAUGCACAGUUCAUUUAUUAUCGGGGGAUAUAUUGCAUUAUUUACAAUAAAUAGAAUACCGAAACCUAAACACCAUUGGCGGUAAUUUGGAAAUAAUUUGCUUAAAAAUUUGUUUCGUUUUUAAGCUUGAGUUGCUCCCCUUGGAUCGUGAAACAUUAGCAGACUUUUUGUUAAUCUUGUCUUAAUUUAAUCACAGUUUCGAAGAUGUUAUUAUUUUUUUUGGAUUAUAUUGACUGCUUUUGAGAGUAUCGCAUCAUGCAUAACGCCGAUCAUAGUUUUCGAAGGAACUUCAAAUACCCAAAACAUAGGUGUAAUAAUUGCUAUUGGAUUAUUAUGAAAUUCCUACCUUAUCGCCUAGGUUGUAAAAAAGCCAUUAUGGUUAUCUUGGGACCUGUGGUAACAAAAUUACUCUGGACUUUCUAGACAGCUUGAAGCGUAGCCAGAAAAGGAGUCAUUUGCUACGGCCGCAAACGUAGCAUCAGCCAAUCAGCAUCGCGCAAUGACGUCACUCAUUGAAGUUCGCCAAGUUCGCAACAGGUUUUGGUACACAAACCAAUUACAUAAAGCUUUCUGACAACGCCAAGGAUCCAGGCAUACUUCGUUUACAUAUAGUUAAGAUAUGAGGUCGGAACCAAAAUUGACGAAUCUCGCCAUUUUGAAAUAGUCGCGCCAUAGACGAUGCUGAAAGAUAGUUUUCGCAUAUCGGUAUUUAUUAGUAAACUGUUAAUGCAAUUGCAUUGAUGGGA